UUGAGCCCAAUCUCUCUGAUUCCCCGAAAGCCAUAUAAAACUAUUUGUUGGAAAUACAAAAACCUAAAACCCUCGCCUCUUCAAAUACAGAAACCCUCGAAACAUAUAUUGAAGAUUUGGCAGUGGAGAUCGAAAGCAGUAGUCAACAACACCAUCGCCAUGUGACGCCACCACACCCGUACCAUCAUCUUCCUUAAUUUCCGCCGGUUUUGGUCUUGCUAAGAUGAAGAAUGAGAAGAAAGUUCAACAAUUUCUUUCAAGAAGUGCUAGAAUAGGCAGAAGAAGAAGAAGAGUAAGAAGAAGAAGAAGAAGAGGAAGAAGAGGACGAAGAAGAAGAAGAAAUCAGCAAUCUCUCCAUCUUCCGGAAGCAAUCAUUGAAGAAGUACUGUCAAGAUUGCCAGUGCAAUCACUGUUGAGAUUGAGGUGCGUUUCGAAAUCAUGGGGCUCUUUAAUUGGCUGCGAACGCUUCAUCAAAACGCAUCAUCAAAAUUCAAUAAAAAACCCAUCUUUCCCCCAUCAAAGGGUCUUUUUACAGAAGGAAACAUUUGGUAGGUGUGUGCAAUGUUCUCUGCAGUCGUUGUUGAGUUCACGUGUCUCUCCAUCUCCUUUACCUCACCCAACGAAUACUACAUUGAUGCCAUCUCUAACUUUGGGCUGCUAUAAUGGGCUGCUCUGCAUUCUCGACGAACCAAGAAGAAGAAUUGAGUUGUGGAACCCAUCCACUAGAAUCUCCAAGAAACUGCUAGAAAUUUCUAGUCCCAGUUAUGUUUUGAAUUUGGGGUUCGGUUGGGUUGAAUCGAGUGGUGAAUAUAAGGUGUUUGUGCUUUUGGUUGAUAUAAUUGAUAAUGACGAGUGGGAAAGAGUUGGCAAAGUUUAUAGUUCAAAGACAAAAUCAUGGAAAACAAUUGAGUUUUGCGAUGAUUUACUUUCAUGUUGGAUAAGGGGGUGGUUUGCAGGUGGGAAGCUUUACUGGCGGAAGACGGAAGAUGAUCAGAAAGAUAUUAUUUUCUUGGACUUGAAGAGUGAGGUGUUUGGAAAGAUUGAGCUUCCCUUUCAUCAUAAAGAGAUUUACAAUGAAAAAUAUAUUGUGGGUGUGCUUGAUGGCUGCCUUUGCGUGAUAUACUAUAGUCCUUUAUUAUAUUACUAUCCUGGAAUUUCUAGAGUUUGGGUUAUGAAGGAGGCUUGGGAGGAAGUGGCGACUCUUUCUCAUCUUAAUGAGCUGCUUCAACCACCAUUGGUACGUCUAAAUGGAAAGAUUUUGGUAGAUUGUGGAUCCACUUUGUUGGUUUACAAUGUUCAUAAUGUGUUCCGCAUUCCCGAGGCUUCUGCGGGUUUAAGUUCAUAUGUCUAUGUUGAAAGUUUAGUCUCGCCAGAAGAUGUAUGAAAGAUGGAAGUAUAAUCUUAGAAGAUGAUAACAUUAAUGUUUACAUAGUUUGAUUUGAUUACAAAUGGUUGUGUUUUGUUUCU